AUGGCUGAGCAGUUUUGGCAGCAAACAUUUGCUGAUCUGGAAACCUCUUCAUACCCUGUGCUCCCCGCAGUUGGAUAUCAAUCUUCAAUUACCAAGGUCACUGACUAUGAAAUCGAUCGGAUUGAUUGUGCGGAUAGCUCUAACAGCCCGUAUACCAUAUCCACCAAGUUACAGGCUGCCUGGGCGUUGCUCUUGGCUCAGUAUGCCAAUACCCAAGAUGUGGUGUUUGGAACGACUAUGAAUGACUUGCAAAACCCUGCAAGUAUGCAAGAUGUGUUUCCCUUACGAGUUCCGGUCAACUGGGAGUCCGAUCUUGCGCAAUGGUUGCAGGCAAAUCAGUCCCGUGUAGCGACGAUGCAAGACGUCCAACCCCGUAUGAGCCUGGAUCAAAUUCAAUCCUGUAGUCCAGAAGCUAAAGAGGCUUGCGAGUUUCGAACAUCCAUCGUUUUAAGAGAUUCAGAGCCAGAGGUCUACAAGGUAUGUACCGAUAUACCCAGUACUGCUGUAAAAUGA